UCUUUCAAUCACCAGAUUGAUUACACAGGAGCAAGCAUGAACACAGCCCGGAGUUUCGGACCCGCACUGGUCAUGGGGACUUGGGACAACCAAUGGGUAAGCUACGAAGGUUUGCUGUUGGGUGUUCAGUUCAAUGAAUAAUUAUAAAUUUUGUCAUUCUCACAUUUGGUACUUUCGUUAAUUUUUCCCGUUCUCCACAUUCCCACAGCUGUAAUGUCCCGAUAAGAUGGUGUUAAAUUGUGUUUACACAUCCGAAAUGUUAUCCUACCUUUUAUUGACGUUUUUCUUCUGGCUUCGGUGAUUGAUGGUUUUUUAAUUCAGUGUCGACUUCCUCCUCAUGAUUCUCACUAGUGUUAUUUAUUUCUUAAGGCUUAGUUUCUAAUGGGUAUUUCCGAACUUCUAUCAGCUGAUGGUCUUAUUUAAUAACCUUUUAAACAUACAUAAUUAUCUCUGUAUGGUCACUGCAUCAACCAAAGACGACUGAUCGCAAACAUAAUUAUAACAUAUAACUGUUAGAACCAUUUGAUAAUAUAUGCUGGGUACUACCUGAAAUCUGCAAAUAAGUUAGCGGUAUUAUUGCCCACAUUUGUUAUACUUGUGAAAUACGUUGUCUGGCUGUCUGUCGGUCUGUCUGUCAGUCUGUCUGGCUGUCAGCCUGUUCAGUUCAACGCAUUUGCUUCUUUAAGGUCCUAUGAAGCUGAUUCCCCCGCAUUUUUAAAAAAGCUGCACAUUUUAUAAAGGCAGAACACAAUAAAACUGUUUUAUAUAUAGUUGCUAAGCGAUAGAUGUGAACGCCAUGGUUUUGAUGCUACGCCAUACCAUGAAAAAUACUUCACGACAAUUUGCACUUGAAACUUGCUUGAUCUGGUCGAUUAAACUUAUGGGCAACUCUCACGCCAACCUUAACACUGUGUUUGUUAAACAGGUUUACUGGGUUGGUCCAAUGGUGGGCGGUGUGGUUGCAGGGGUUCUGUACGAGCACCUGUUUGCAAUGAACGCCAGUCUAACGAAGGCCAAGGCUUGCCUGCUGUCCAGUGACUAUGACGACAACAAACACAAUGCCAACAAAAUCAAGGUG